GUUCACCUUCUCGUACUGCAACCUUAGUAGCCUCUGAGAGAUGCGCGCGUUUGUUGACGAAAUCUCGCUUGCGAAAAAAAGUUCCAGGCUGUUUUUCAUUAGUAUGGGGAACCCUACUGAAAAGUUCAGUUAACAGUUCAGACUAUACCACUACUACCGAGAAAAGUGCCUUAGUAAUUGUAAUGUUGAAUAACCGUCAAUUGUUACUUGUCAUUGGGUUGGCAUUUCACUUUUUUUAUUUAUGGUCUAUCUUUGAUAUAUACUUUGUCCUGCCUUUAGUGCAUGGAAUGGAUCAUCAUAUAUCUACUACAAAACCUCCAGCUAAGAGAUUAUUCUUAAUUGUUGGUGAUGGUUUAAGAGCUGAUAAAACUUUUCAAAAGUUAACUCAUCCUACUACUGGUGAAAAGGAAUAUUUGGCUCCAUAUUUAAGAAGUAUAGUUGAAAAUGAAGGUACUUGGGGAAUUUCAAAUACAAGAAUGCCAACUGAAUCAAGACCUGGUCAUGUAGCCAUGAUAGCAGGAUUUUAUGAAGAUGUAUCUGCUGUUACUAAGGGUUGGAAAGAGAAUCCAGUAGAUUUUGAUUCAUUUUUCAAUCAAUCUAAACAUACUUAUUCAUUUGGUUCUCCAGAUAUUUUACCAAUGUUUGCUUAUGGUGAUGGUGUAGUUCCUGGAAGAAUUGAUGUUUGUAUGUAUGGUCAUGAAUUUGAAGAUUUUACUCAAAGUUCAAUUGAAUUAGAUGCAUUUGUUUUUAAACAUUUAGAUGAAUUAAUGGCUAACCUGACAACCAAUCAAACUUUACAUGAUGAAUUAAUGCAAGAAGGUAAUGUAUUCUUUUUACAUUUACUUGGUCCUGAUACUGCUGGUCAUGCUUAUAGACCAUAUUCAGCUGAAUAUUAUGAUAAUAUUAAAUAUAUUGAUGAAAAAUUAUCGGUUGUAAUUCCAAAGAUUAAAGAAUUCUUUGGUGAUGAUGAUACUGCAUUUGUAUUUACUGCUGAUCAUGGUAUGUCUGAUUUUGGAUCUCAUGGUGAUGGUCAUCCUGAUAAUACAAGAACUCCAUUAAUUGCUUGGGGGGCUGGUGUUAAUAAGCCAAAGUUGAUUACUAGUCUUGAGAAUCCACAAGAACAACUUUUAAAGCAAGAUCCUGUUGCAAGUGGUUAUGAGACUGAUUAUUUUAAUACUUGGGAGUUUGAUCAUUUAGUAAGAAAUGAUGUAAAACAAGCAGAUAUUGCUUCAUUAAUGGCAUACUUAAUUGGAGCAAAUUAUCCUGCCAAUUCAGUAGGUGAAUUACCAUUAAGUUAUCUUGAUACUGAUUCCGUUACUAAGAUUAAAGCAUUAUAUGCCAAUGCAUUAGCAAUUGUUGAACAAUAUUUUGUGAAAGAACAAGAAGUCUACAAUCAUGAAUACAGAUUUAAACCUUUUAGACCCUUUGAAGAUAAAACCAUUGAAGCUUAUAGAUCUGAAAUCGAAUCACUUAUUCAUGAAUUAGAGCAUGAAUACAAUAAAGAAGUUGAAGAACAUGCUAUACAAGUAGCUGAAGAGUUAAUGAAAACAGCCUUAGAUGGAUUAACUUAUCUUCAAAAAUAUAACUGGUUAUUAUUGAGAUCUAUUGUAACUUUAGGAUUCUUUGGUUGGAUCUUAUUCUCAUUUAACAUAUUUUUGAAAUUAUUUAUUUUAUCUGAACAAGACGCUAAACAUAUCAAAUUAGAUAAUUCAUUAACUACUAAAAGUAUAUUUGGAGCUUUAGCAUUUUCCAUUAAUUUCUUAUUAUUUUGUCAACAAUCACCAUUCAAUUAUUACUCGUAUGCUGCAUUCCCAUUAUUCUUUUGGUAUAGUAUAUUCAGAGAAAAGCAUAAUUUAGAAAGAGGUUGGAAUAAAUUAUUCCAUGGAGUAUCGAAUUUAACUAAAGUCUUUGUUGCUAUUUCAUUUUUGGCUAUGUAUGAAGGGAUCGCAUAUGGAUUUUUUGAAAGAUUCAUGUUUUCAAUAAUUUUUGUAAUUAUUGGAGUUUAUCCAUACUUUGUAGCUGAAUCAUACAAGAUUUCUACUAUAGCUAAAAUAUCUUGGUUAAUUACAUGUAUUCUUAUGUGUAGUUUUACUAAUUUAGAUCCAGUAAAAGUUGAAAGUUUGUAUCAAAUUAAUAGUGGAGCCGUACUUGCAUUAUUUGUUUCAUUUGUGGGUGCCAAUAAAGUAUUUAAACAAGAAAUUAAUCAAACUAAUAAAAUAUUGGUUAUAGCCCAAAUAUUAACUAUUCCUGUCAUUUUAUAUGCUACUAAUGUAUCAGUAUUAUCAUUACAAGCAAGAACUGGAUUACCAUUAUUUUCUCAAAUUUUAGGAUGGGUUUCAUUCAUUAUUUCAUUAUUAGUAUGGCCAAUACUUCAUUCAAUUUAUCCUUCAAGUAAUUAUCAAUUAAGACUUUUAAUUAUCUUUUUAGCAUUUAUUCCAACAUUUGUCAUAUUAACCAUUUCAUUUGAAUUAUUAUUCUAUGUUGGAUUCUCAUUAACUUUACUUCAAUGGUUAAAUAUUGAAGAAUUAUUAAAGGUUGAACUUGCAUCUUUUGAUAAAGAAAGUGGUUCAUUACCUAAAGGUUAUUGGUUACAACUUAUUAGAAUAUCAAUUGUAGGAUUCUUUUUCUUACAAGUUGCAUUCUUUGGUACUGGUAAUAUUGCUUCAAUUUCAUCAUUUUCAUUAGAUUCAGUUUAUCGAUUAAUUCCAAUAUUUGAUCCUUUCCCAAUGGGAGCAUUAUUAAUGAUUAAAUUAAUUAUUCCAUAUGUUUUAUUAUCUACUUGUUUAGGUAUUAUGAAUCAUAGAUUAGAGAUUAGAAAGUUUACAGUUUCUACAUUAAUUCUUUCAACCUGCGACUUCCUUUCGUUAAACUUUUUUUUCUUAGUUAGAACUGAAGGUUCAUGGUUAGAUAUUGGAGUGAGUAUAUCUAAUUAUUGUUUGGCUAUUUUAUCAUCAUUAUUUAUGUUAAUCUUGGAAUUAGUUAGUUCCCUUAUAUUACAUGGAGUAGAGAUUGAAGAAAAGAAAAUUGAAAACGCAAAUGUUAAGGGAGAAUCCAUUGGAGCCAGAGUUAGAAACAGACGUAAAGUAGAAUAGAUACAAAUUUAGAGGUUUAUAAAAAUUAUAAUAAUAAUAAUAAUAGUAAUA